UAGGUUGGUGUUACAGUUGGUCACACUGUAGCACGAUAAUCGCUCCCGUGGCGUCUUUUAUAAAAGAUAAACAAAUUCUUUCACAACAAAUUUAAAUUUUCGUGUCGCAGAAAUGAAACGUAAAGGACGGAAAAGCAAAAAGUCCGAGACGGAAACCGCCAACGGCGUGAGUGACCAGAAAGACCAAAACGGUGACGCUUCGGAUCGGGACGAGCACGAAUCCGAACCGGAGGAAAAAAAACGCAAGUCUAACAAACGUAAAAGUUCUUCGAAGAAAGUGGAAGAUGAAUCGGAAGAGGAACCGCAAUAUGAGGUUGAGCAAGUCUUGGACGAGAAGGUCAUCAGAGGGGUACACCAUUACCUCAUCAGAUGGAAGGGCUACGAACCGGAAUCGGACACCUGGGAGCCCGAAUCGACCCUCAAUUGUGCAGAACUGAUCGCCGAUUUCAAAGCCAGGCAGAAAAAGAAAGGCAAAUCGAAAGUAGGAAGGAAGAAAUCGAAAGACAGCGGCAAAAAUAACUCCACUGAAGAGACAUGGGAUGAAAAUGAAAAUUUUGAGGUUGAUCGCAUUUUGGACGUCUACUUUAAAAGAAACGGCCAACGUGAAUUCCUAGUGUCAUGGAAGGGUUACCCCAACUCACAAAACAGUUGGGAACCUGAAGAGAACAUGGAUUGUAAAGAUUUAAUUAAAAAAUUCAUGAGUAAAGUGGAAAAGGCUAAAGAAGCCGAACACAGAGAGCUACGUGUCAAUAGGGCGCACACAGAUCGAUUGACUCUCCUUUCAGACGGCCAUUUGGGACGUCGUUUGAGCAAAAGAAAUCUAGGAAAACAAAGGGUUCACUACCACGAAGCUGAAUAAAAAACCAUGUAGUACAAUAUCAUUCGGAAAUGUUCAUGUGUUUAAGAGAAAUUUUCUUUUCUAUCGAUAACUGUACUUUUCAUUUGUUGAAACAAGGUUUUUUUAUAAUUAUAAGCAUAUACUUACAUAAUAUAUUUAGGGUAGUUCUAAUAAAAAUGUGCAAACACAAAAAAGUUGUGCUCAUGAAAUUUAUGUUUAUUAAUUACAGAUGCAGAAUCUUUGUUUAUUUUAUAGGUCAGAUAUUUAAGUAUUUCGUGUUUAUGUAAAAUAAAUUUUUCACAAAGAUAA